AUGUUUAUGGCAAGAUCAGAAUAUGAUCGGGGUAUCAACACCUUCUCCCCCGAAGGCCGCCUCUUCCAAGUAGAAUACUCCCUCGAAGCAAUCAAACUCGGCUCAACCGCCAUCGGCAUCUCCACCUCCACCGGCGUCAUCCUCGGCGUCGAAAAGCGCGUCACCUCCUCCCUCCUCGAGACCUCCUCCGUCGAGAAGAUCGUCGAGAUCGACCGCCACAUCGGCUGCGCAAUGUCGGGCCUCCAAGCCGACGCCCGCUCCAUGGUCGAGCACGCCCGCGUAGAGUGCCAAUCCCACGCCUUCAACUACAACGAGAACCUCCGCGUCGAGUCCUGCACCCAGGCCAUUUGCGAUCUUGCCCUCCGCUUCGGCGAGAGCGCCGAUGGAGAGGAGAGCAUCAUGUCCAGACCGUUUGGUGUGGCGUUGUUGAUUGCGGGCUAUGACGAGGACGGGCCGAGCUUGUACCAUGCCGAGCCGAGCGGGACGUUUUACAGGUAUGAUGCCAAGGCUAUUGGGAGUGGGAGUGAGGGGGCGCAGGCGGAGUUGCAGAAUGAGUAUCACAAGUCGUUGACCAUCGAGGAUGCGGAGACUCUGGUUCUCAAGACGUUGAAGCAGGUCAUGGAGGAGAAGCUCGACUCCAAGAAUGUCCAGCUUGCUAGCGUCACCAAGGAGCGCGGGUUCAGAAUAUACACGGAUGAGGAGAUGGCUGCGGUGGUGGAGAGGCUUCCUGCGAACUAG